UAAAGCUAUAGUGGACAACACGGCUGUUCAUCUCCUGCUGAACGUACGCCCUCUAGUGGAGGUGGAUAUAUGUUACCUGCCCACCUCCCUCAACAUUCAUCUUUCCUGUUUAGAGAACAGCAACAGUGAACACAUCCAUGUGCUGAAGGAGAGAAUUGGCCAAGUGAAAGAGCAGAUGUCGAGUGCAUCCCAGGUCCCAGGUACCAUGACUGAUCUGGUCUCCAUCUAGCUCCGCAGGUCACAACAAGCGGAGGCUCUUCAAUGGCUAGGCUUAUGGAGUGGCUCCAUAUUCACUGAACAAACAGGAGUCAUUUGAGUGCUAAUUAAGUCUGUGUAGCCUUGUCCUGCGAGGGUGUUCACUUAUUUUGGACAGCCAAUGACGGGAGUUGAUGGAGUUGCUAGGUGAUCCUUUUUCCAACACACAAAUAUACCGUCAUCGGCCUCUUUUUAUAGAAUAUUCAUCUUGGUCUUUAUUUCAGCAGAGUGUAUUUCCAGCAAACCUGUGUAUAUUUAGCUAUUAAUGAGCUAUUUUAAUGGCCAAUUUCUGGGAAACACUUUGUUAUGUAAACAGUUGACACAGUUUAGUUGAACUGGUACACAUGACACCCUUUUAUGUUUCAACAGUGAAAGAAGUGAAAGAAGUCCUAUCAUGUUCAUAACACACCUAAUAGUGAAUUUGAAUUAAAAUACCAUGCAAUAGCUCUGCUUCUGGCCAAGCAUCAAACAAAGAAUAUUCCCUACACAUUUUAUUCAUUCAACUCACGUAGUCUCGCAUAGCCAGCCAGACGUCGUAAUCUUGUGAGAAGCCAGGAAGUGGAAGCUGCUACUACUCAUUUUGAUUCGUUUGUGUUUCCCUGCUGCAGUUUAUGUGAUCUGUAAGCUGGGUAAUGACUCCCAGAAGGCAGUUCAGGUCUUGGAGAGAAUGUCAGGUUCUGAGGUGGACUGUGUCACUGCGAAGAACAUCUGUGGGGGACUGAUGGCCUGGGCCCAGAAGAUAGACCCCUCUUUCCCUCAGUAUUGACUCAACAUCACAGGUUCUACAUCGAGGUUUCAUCACGGAAAGCUUAAAGAUCAUGUAGGUUUUUCUGAGAGUGUGAGAUAUCAUUGGUCCCGUAUUUCAAUCUGUUUCAAGAGGAAAUUCACGCCAGUCGGUCAUUCAGAUAUAAUGUCCAUACAGUCCUCUUCCUCCACCAGCCCUGCCUUGUAAGUAGUGUAUCAUGUAAUCAAAACAACCGUUUUUCUGCCUUAACUUGUUUUAUGUAUUCUGGUUGCAUUGGGUAUUGCCUCCCUGACAGACAAUUCUUAGAUGAAUUAGUUACAUCUCACUGGUGAAAAGUGAAAGAAAUCGUUUCAAAUGUUGUACAAGAACAAACAAAACAUUGUAAUCCAUUGUCAUAACCUUGUUCCUGUUCCAGAUUGUUCUAUUUGUAUAGCCCCAAUGUAUUGUUGAGGGCAUACAGGGUAAUAUAGUACUUCAUUAUGUAUUUCGAGUUAUUUGGGAACAUUGAUAUAUGAAAUAUGUGUUAGAGUUAUUACACAUCUAUACAUCCAUAAUGUGUUGUCAUUUCCAUAUUUGGAUAAGAAAUAAUAUGCUGAUGUAUACCACCACCCUCUCUAAAAGAUUAGACGCAACAGUGCAAGGGAUAGAGGAUGAUGGCAUUUUUUUCUACGUUGCUGGCAACUGAUUUUCAGAACUGAAGCAAUAGAGGUCGGGUAACUACUGUUUUUUUUCUCUCCAGCAUAACCCGAAUAACGGAAAGAUAGAUGAAAGAGGCAUGCGCAAUGUAAAGAUAACUUUUUCGAGACGCCAUUGCCUGUGAGAUUGUAGUUUAAAGAUUUAUCCUCACCGAUAGAAACCCAAAGCACCAAAUAGGUAAUAGAACUUCAAGCCCCAGGAACCGUUCUCUCCUCCUUUUCUCUCAGAAACAGUGGGAGUAGUCACAGCUGGAAGGAUAAUAAGAUGCGCAUGAAUCUGGCAACCACGAAUAGACGACAAGAGAAAGUUUCAAAAAAGUAGAGAACUCGGUUGUGAGUCUUAGCACGCUUUUAGACAGUUCUGCUAAUGCAUAUGUUACAUUGUUGCUCAUUUGUAUGAUUUAGCGAAAAGGCGAAUGAGCUUGAAUAUUUUUUCUGUGUGAUUCGAUUGUUGGAGUUUUUGGAGAAGUUCCUGCUGUCCACUGGCCAUGAAUCCAACGACGUCUUUUGAAGAAAGUGGAGGUUUCCUGUGGCCAGGGCAGAUAUGUGACUCUAGUACUGUGAGGGGACACCAUUCAAGAACAUGAAGUUUGGAAUGGUGACCGCCUCUUGCAGUGAGCGUUGGGGAAUCAAUCUCGGAGCAUCCACAGUAUCUCAGCAGUGCAAACUGCACACAUCUCUUGCCCUAGAGAGAGAGCUGAGGCCAUUUAGUGGAAUCAUCAGGCUUUGUCCGUGAAUUGAUUGCCAGGCAUGUGAGCAGUCAGUGGGGAUGAACGUUUGACUAUUGCUAUUGGCUAACACUGCUCGUGAUACUUUGAAGACCUUGCAUUUCAUAUCUCCUAGAAUGAGGAUUGAAUGUUUCUUCAGACCUGUGUAUGUUCUUAGUAGUUUGGUGGAGCCUGAUUUAAAAAGGCAUCACUGACAGUUACAAUACUUUACAUUUUGCAUCAUCAUCUCUGCCAUUGGAAGAAACCCAAUGUCUGCCUGCAGCAGCUCAGCUCCUCCGUCCUUUCCCAAAACCUACCUCCACUCACAAAUCCCAGCUGUGCCUCUGACCCCCUCACCAUCGCCGAGCCCCCCGGGACCCCUCUACAGCCGCCUGUCCAACGGGAGUCACGGGAGUCACACUCACAGCGCUCCCAGCCCCACUAACUCCCGCAGCUCCUUCCAUGGAGUGUCCUUCCUCCUCCAGAUUGGCUUGACCAGAGAGAUGGUGAACCUGGAGAACCAUGACCUGUCGCUGUCUGCUGUCAAAGACCUGGUCUGCUCUAUAGUCGACCAAAAGUUCCCAGAGUGUGGCUUCUUUGGCAUGUAUGACAAAAUCCUGCUCUUCCGCCAUGACUUGAACUCUGAGAACAUCCUCCAGAGGCUGACGUCAGCAGAGGAUAUCCACGAGGGAGAUCUGAUAGAGGUGGUGCUCUCUGCUUUAGCCACAGUAGGGGACUUCCAGAUCCGGCCUCAUGCUCUAUAUGUCCACUCCUACAAAGCGCCCACCUUCUGUGACUACUGUGGGGAGAUGCUAUGGGGCCUCGUCCGCCAGGGGCUCAAAUGUGAAGGUUGUGGGCUGAACUACCACAAGCGCUGUGUCUUCAAGAUCCCCAACAACUGCAGUGGGGUGAGGAAGAGACGUCUAUCCAACGUGUCCCCGCCGGGCCCCUCGCUCUCAGUCCCCCGGCCCCUCCCUGGUCCCACAGAACAUGCUGUGGUCGUCCUGGAGGAGCAGCGCUCCCACCAGGAGGCAGGGAAGAGGAUCCUGUCGUGGAGUGGCCGGCCCAUCUGGAUGGAGAAGAUGGUGCUGGGGCGAGUCAAGGUGCCUCACACCUUCGCCAUCCACACCUACACCCGGCCAACCAUUUGUCAGUACUGCAAACGUCUGCUCAAGGGCCUGUUCCGCCAGGGCAUGCAGUGCAAAGAUUGUAAAUUCAAUUGCCAUAAGCGGUGUGCAUCAAAGGUACCAAGAGACUGCUUGGGCGAGGUUUCCUUCAAUGGAGAGCCUGCCAGCCCAGGGCCUGACUCUGACAGUACCAUGGAGGUGGAUAGUAGUGAUGUGGAGAGCACCAGAGGACUACUGGAUGACUCUGAGGAACCUUCAACCCCAGAACACAAGAUGUUCUACAUAGACUCUCCUUUCCUGGACCGCGAGAAGGACGAGGAGCCCAUCAAGACCAUCAGCCCAUCCACCAGCAGUAACAUCCCUCUGAUGCGGGUGGUCCAGUCCAUCAAACAGACCAAGAGGAGGAGCUCCACCAUGGUGAGGGAGGGCUGGAUGGUCCACUACACCAGCAGAGAUAACCUGAGGAAGAGACACUACUGGAGGCUGGACACCAAGAGCCUCAGCCUGUUCCAGAACGACACUGGAGCCAAGUUUUAUAAGGAGAUCCCUCUCUCAGAGAUCCUGCAGGUGGAACAGUCGAGGGACCUCAGUAGCCUAGCCCAGGGCAGCAACCCACACUGCUUUGAAAUCAUCACCUCCACCAUGGUCUACUACGUUGGAGAGAACAACGGGGGCCAAUACCACAGCCCCACACUGACAGCCUCAGGCGUGGGAAUGGAGGUGGCCCAGGGCUGGGAGAAGGCCAUCCGUCAGGCCCUGAUGCCUGCCACACCCCAGCCCAGUGUGGCCACCGCAGCCAGGCAAGGGAAGGACCACAAACAAGAGGUGUCUAUCAGUAUAUCUGUGUCCAACUGCCAAAUACAGGAGAAUGUGGAUAUCAGCUCUGUGUACCAGAUCUUCUCUGAUGAGGUGCUAGGAUCUGGACAGUUUGGGAUUGUGUAUGGAGGGAAACACAGAAAGACUGGAAGAGAUGUGGCAAUCAAGGUGAUUGACAAGAUGAGGUUUCCUACCAAGCAGGAGAGCCAACUGAGGAAUGAAGUGGCCAUUCUCCAGAACCUUCACCAUCCUGGUAUCGUCAAUCUGGAGUGUAUGUUCGAGACGCCUGAGAGGGUGUUUGUUGUCAUGGAGAAACUCCAUGGAGACAUGCUGGAGAUGAUCCUGUCCAGUGAGAAGAGCAAGCUCCCAGAACGCAUCACCAAGUUCCUGGUCACACAGAUCCUGGUGGCUUUGAGACAUCUGCAUUUCAAGAACAUCGUCCACUGUGAUUUGAAGCCCGAGAACGUGCUGCUGGCCUCAGCAGAACCCUUCCCACAGGUUAAACUGUGUGACUUUGGCUUUGCCCGUAUCAUCGGUGAGAAGUCGUUCAGGCGUUCGGUGGUGGGUACCCCGGCCUACCUGGCCCCAGAGGUGCUGCGAAGUAAGGGCUACAACCGCUCCCUGGACAUGUGGUCUGUGGGGGUCAUCGUUUACGUCAGCCUCAGCGGGACAUUCCCCUUCAACGAGGACGAGGACAUUAACGACCAGAUCCAGAACGCUGCCUUCAUGUACCCACCCCAGCCAUGGAAGGAGAUCUCUGCAGACGCUACAGAUCUCAUUAACAACCUCCUACAAGUGAAGAUGAGGAAGCGGUACAGUGUGGACAAGUCCCUCAGCCAUCCUUGGCUACAGGACUACCAGACGUGGCUGGACCUCAGGGAGUUUGAGACACGGCGUGGCGAGCGUUACAUCACCCACGAGAGUGACGAUGUGCGCUGGGAGGAGCAUGCAGACGAGCAUAGCCUGGUCCACCCUAAACACUUCAUUAUGGCGCCCAACCUGGAUGAUAUGGAGGAGGGCCCCUAGUGGCCAGGAGGCCAGGUUACAGGUGUGGCCAAGAGGAAAACAUCAGGAACCUCUGCAGGUUGUUGACCUUUGGAAGCAUUCCCUCUAAAACUGGUUGGGAAAGGGUCAGACACCCCUGUGCAGGGACUGUGUGACAGGGGAUUCUGACCCAAGACUCUGUGGUCAGACAUACUGCCACAGGGAGCAGACAGGUGGCUCUGGGGAGGCCCCUGUUCCUUUAGGACACCGCAGUGGAACCAAAAACUUUGGGAGAAAGACAUUUCUUUUUUUUUCUUUUUUUUUUUCCUUAUCUUGUAGAAUCAUUCCAGCUCAACUUCAUUGGUCCUUUUGGGAAAAACAUCAUUAUUAUAAACCAAAGGACAAUUAAAGUUGAAGGGAUAUAAUUUCCUUAACAUUAGGAGUGAGUAAUGGUAUGCCAUUCUACCUGUGAAUGGCUUACAGAUUAGUGAGCUUAAAGGGCACUUAUCACAAGGGAUUUGUAUCCACAGAAAGAUUGGAAUGCGUAGGUAUUUGCAAACACAACUUUGUGCUUAUUCCAAGACAGUUUUGAAACCAUGUCCUUUCACAGUAUGAAACUGGAGCUAUCAUUUGCAUGCAGAUGUUGUACUUUACUAAUGGGAGGUAGAUUUUUUGCACUAUGCUACCAUCAAGCCUAACAAUUCAAAAAGUUAAAGCUGCUACAUCAGGUUCCCUAGAGAGAAUGACAGAAUGACAGAAAGGGUUGACUACAACAUAACUUAAAGUUUGUGCUAAGAGCUUGAUACAAUAAUGCCUAGGUGAGUAGCAUAGAGAUUGUGGAAAUGGCUACAAUGCAAAGCCUUUAGUAGAGCACCUGUCAUAAACAGUGAGCAAGUAAAUCAAAAGGCGCAGGGUCCAAAGACUGAAUCCAGCUUAUUGAUGUUAUUAAUCUUCAAUUUCCCUGUCUUCUCAUGACCAAUAACUCAUCUGUUUUUCUAAUGGCUGUCUUAUCAUUGUGGUUCACUCUACUUCGUUGUCUAGAAAGUGGCUUGACUAUUGUACAUUCCAAGCAGGGUUCGAGCCAAACCUGGUGAUGGGGCCACUACCCCUCAAGGUAUUACAGUAGCUAUCUACAGUUGAAGUCGGACGUUUACAUACACUGAGGUUGGAGUCAUUAAAACUCGUUUUUCAACCACUCCACAAAUUUCUUGUUAACAAACUAUAGUUUUGGCUAGUCGGUGAGGACACCUACUUUGUGCAUGAUACAAGUAAUUUUUCCAGCAAUUGUUUACAGACAGAUUAUUUCACUUAUAAUUCACUGUAUCACAAUUCCAGUGGGUCAGAAGUUUACAUACACUAAGUUGACUGUGCCUUUAAACAGCUUGGAAAAUUAUGGCAUGGCUUUAGAAGCUUCUGAUAGGCUAAUUGACAUAAUUUGUGUCAAUUGGAGGUGUACCUGUGGGUGUAUUUCAAGGCCUACCUUCAAACUCAGUGCCUCUGCUUGACAUCAUAGGAAAAUCAAAUGAAAUCAGCCAAGACCUCAGAAAAUAAAAUUGUAGACCUCCACAAGUCUGGUUCAUCCUUGGGAGCAAUUUACAAACGCCUGAAGUUACCACAUUCAUCUGUACAAACAAUAGUACGCAACUUCAUGAGGAAGUUACCUCUCUUUCCAUUGCUUUUCUACAGACAAAUGAAUUCUCCGGUUGGGACAUUUAUUGAACAUUUAUGAUAAAAACAUCCUAAAGAUUGAUUCAAUACAUGGUUUGAUUUGUUUCUACGACCAGUAAUAUAACUUUUUUGAAUUUUCUUCUAACAUUUCCGCUGGACUUGCCCGCGCCUCGUGAGUUUCUAUUUGUUUACUAAACGCCCUAACAAAAGGAGAAAUUUGGACAUAAAUGAUGGACUUUAUGGAACAAAUCAAACAUUUAUUGUGGAACUGGGAUUCCUGCGAGUGCAUUCUGAUCAUCAAAGGUAAGUGAAUAUUUAAAAUGCUAUUUCUGACUUAUGUUGACUCCAACAUGGCGGAUAUAUUCUUGGGUUGUGUAUGUCGUCUGGGACUGUACUCAGAUUAUUGCAUGGUUUGCUUUUUCCGUAAAGCUUUUUUGAAAUCUGACACAGCGGUUGCAUUAAGGAGAAGUAUAUCUUUAAAUCUGUGAAUAACACUUGUAUCUUUUAUUAAUGUUUAUUAUGAGCAUUUCUGUGAUUUGAUGUGUGUCUGUGCAAAUUCACAGGAUGUUUUGGAGGCAAAGCCAAAUGUAAACUGAGGUUUUUGGAUAUAAAUAUGAACUUGAUCGAAUAAAACAUACAUCUAUUGUGUAACAUGUUGUCCCGGGAGUGUCAUCUGAUGAAGACUAUCAAAGGUUAGUGAUUCAUUUUAUCAAUAUUUCUGCUUUUUGUGACUCCUCUCUUUGCUUGGAAAAUCGCUGUAUGCUUUCUGUGACUAGUUGCUGACCUAACAUAAUGAUAUGUUCUGUUUUCGCUGAAAGGUUUUUUUGAAAAAUCGGACACUGUGGUUGGAUGAACAAGAAUCGUAUCAUUAAAAUGGUGCCUAAUACUUGUAUGUUUGAGAAAAUUGAAUUAUGAGAUUUCUGUUGACUGAAUUUGGCACCCUGCAAUUUCAUUGGCUAUUGACGAACGGAACCCCAGUCCUAGACAGGUUAAGGACAACAAAGUCAAGGUAUUGGAGUGGCCAUCACAAAGCCCUGACCUCAAUCCCAUCGAAAACUUGUGUGCAGAACUGAAAAAGUGUGUGCGAGCAAUGAGGCCUACAAACCUGACUCGGUUACACCAGCUCUGUCAGGAGGAAUGGGUCAAAAUUCACCCAACUUAUUGUGGGAAACUUGAGGAAGGCUACCCAAAACAUUUUACCCUCGUUAAACAAUUUAAAGGCAAUGCUACCAAAUAAUAAUUGUGUAUGUAGACUUCUGACCCACUGGGAAUGUGAUGAAAUAAAUAAAAGCUGAAAUAAAUAAUUCUCUCUACUAUUAUUCUGACAUUUCACAUUCUUAAAAUAAAAUGGUGAUCCUAACUGACCUAAGACAGGGAUUUUUUUACUUGGAUUAAAUGGCAGGAAUUGUGAAAAACUGAGUUUAAAUGUAUUUGGCUAAGGUGUAUGUAAACUUCCAACUUCAACUGUAUGUGAAAGAGGCUUGGUUAUACCAACAACAAUGAUCUCAAUACAGGAGCUCAUCAUGGGACCAAGCCUUCAUUACAAGGGCUCCAUAUUGGCAUGAGGAACGCUUAUACCAAGCAUGGGUUCAAGGUAUACACCAUUGCCCUAUUUUUUUCCAUUUGAAUUAGUGAAGCAAAUUGAGAGACGAGAAACACAUUUUACUCUUUGAGUGUCUGACAGUGUAUGGAAAGAAUAGCCUAUACAAAACAUGUUUGUACUGUGUUUUUCUACAAAAUUUUCAAGAUUGUUUCAUUUCUUUACUUUAGUUUAUUUUGAAUAUCACAGUUAAAACACCCUUACUUCUGGAAUAUUUAAAGUGCACUUGGCUGUUCGUGUCUCUAACAUUCCUGUACUGCUUUUAAGUACUGUAUGUGUCCUCCAAGGUUACCAAAAGAUGUUACACCUAACAUUCGGUUAUGAUGAAAAUUAACUACAUUUCAAUGCCUGUGUCCAGGGACUGGGACAGUCUAGGGACUGUGUUCAAACAGUCCCUAGACAAACAUGUAGCCUAAAGCCUAUGGUGUUGGAAUGGGUUCAGGCCCUAACAGCGUUAUUUUGGGAGAAUGUAGGUGGAUCUUUUCCCCAUUCUCCUGUUCCUGUCCGUGUUGCCGCUGGAUUGGCAGGUGUCAGUGUUUUUGUAUAUUUUAGUACAUACAAAUUUAAUAAAAAAACUCUACUUCUUUUACAUGCC